UGUUCUCUCUUUCUCUUUCUCUCUCUAAAAUUCUCUAUUUCUACAGAGAUUUGUCUGUCCUUGAAGAGUAAUUCUUUGGUCUGAUUUUGUGUUCACAUGAGAGAUGGAGCUCGGCUUGAGCUUGGGUCUCGGCUUCACCGCCGCCGUGAAUGAACGGCUUGGCCGGCAAGAAGACGGCCAGGAGCCGGAGAAAUCCCACCGGUCUAAUGAUUCCGACGAGGACGACGACGUCGACGUCGAGGACUACGACCACGCCACCUCGUCGUCGGAGGAGCCCCACCGGAGCGCCGAUCAACGCCUCGCCAUUUUUGUUCCGCCGGUGCCGCUCGACCUCCUCCCUCCCGCUCCUGUUCAGAACAAGAACGUCGCUGCGGCGCGUGCGGCGCCAUCGCCGGCGGCUGAGGAGGUGUCGUCGCCGAACAGCGUGGCGUCGUCGUUCCGGGCGAUAGACUUUAGCAUUUUCAAGAGGAACAGAAAUGGGGCGGCGGUGGACGACGGCAGGGCGUCCGACGCCGCCGCCAACGGCGGCGCGUCGGAACCGGCGUCUCGGGCGAGUGACGAGGACGAGAACGGCGUCAACGCGCGGAAAAAACUCCGGCUUUCAAAAGAACAGUCGGCUUAUCUGGAAGAAAGCUUUAAAGAACACCACACUCUCAACCCUAAGCAAAAACACGCGCUCGCGAAGCAGCUGAAUCUCCGGCCGAGGCAAGUCGAAGUCUGGUUCCAGAAUCGCCGAGCAAGGACAAAGCUAAAACAAACGGAAGUGGACUGCGAAUACCUAAAAAGAUGCUGCGAAACAUUGAGAGAGGAGAAUAGAAGACUCCAUAAAGAAUUGCAAGAGCUCAGAGCUCUCAAAUCUUCAAAUCCAUUUUACAUGCAUCUCCCGGCCACCACUCUCACCAUGUGUCCGUCGUGCGAGAAAGUUGCCUCCACCUCCACCGCAGCCGCCGCCGCACCGGCGGCGGCUGCGGCGGCGGCCGUCUCCGCCCCCACCACCCCAACCACCGCCGCCGCACCGGAUUCUAUCCCCAAGCCCAUUCCAUUCCUCGCCAAACCCAGAUUUUUCCCGUUCACCGCCGCUCAUAAUCCCGGCCACCCACACCAGUCUGCCGCCUCGUGAAGACCGCCGGAGAUUCAAGAUCCGAUGGUGUGUAUGUAUACCAACUACUACUAAUAUUGGGUCGGUUAAGUUCGGGUCGUCCGAGGUUGUUUGAUGUUUUUUGUUGGGAUUGUUCUUUGUGUCGUCUUCACGGAUCGGAGCAACUUUUUGGCUCGUAACAUAAUCUGAAUCGAACGUUGUUCGUUUGUAGAACGUAGGUGAAGAAGAAGUUUAAUUUAAUCUUGUAUGUAGUGAUGAGUAAAUCAUGCAUGGCUAGAAAACUAAGAAGCUAGGUAGUGGUUACCAUGUUUUUGUAUGGGAUUGAUUCAUCAAAUUUCUUGAUUAUCAUUUGCUGCAAAAACCCAACUAAAGUUUAAAGAAAAACAAAAUUACAGGAAAUUUUUGCUUCUC